CUUGUAUGUUUUUCUGGUUUAACGCAUGAAGCUCGAAUAAACUAUGGUAGCCGUUAUUAGCUUUACAGUACAACUUUACUCGAGCAUCACGUUUUUUUAUUAUUUAAACUUGAUUGAAGCUUAUAACAGGGAAUCUGAUCAUGAAGCGUUUCUAGGAGCAUUUAAAAAAGAAUACGAUAAUCUUUCUUCAGAAGAAUCAAAACGAAGAUUGAGGCUUCUACUGCCUCAUAUAGACAUUAACAAAGAUCAAUACAUAACAAAUGAAGAGCUCAAGAUUUGGGUUCAAGAUAAGUACGAAUCUCUUGUUGAUAUUUCACUUAAUGACGCUGUGUUUAAUGAAGUUGAUCACAACUUUAACAGUAAAAUUGACUGGGACGAGUAUCAGUGGGGAAAAAAUCGAAUAAACAACAAUGCUAAUGAUUCUUUAACCGCUAUAAUGAAAGAACAUUUGUCAGAAUUCAUAUCUCGUGAUAAGUUGCGAUGGGAGCAUGCUGACUUAGAUAAAGAUACCCAGUUAAAUGAAGAAGAAUAUGCGAUGUUUCAAUCUCCUAAAAAAUAUGCUCAUAUGAUUACAAUAGUUGCCCAGGAGGAAAUAAAAGAAUAUGAUUUAGAUAAAGAUGGUAAACUUUCGCUAGAAGAAUUUAUAGCUUCAAUACAUAUGCCAAACAUGAGAGCUUACUACGAAAAGCAAUUUCGUGAACUUUAUGAUCAAGACGGUGACGGGAAACUUGAUCACUACGAAGUUGUUAAAUGGAUGACUCCUGAAGUGUAUGAUAAAGCAGAAUUAGAAGCAAAACAUUUAAUUGACCUGGCAGAUGAUAACAAGGAUGGAAAACUGACCGUGAAAGAAAUUCUCUCUCACUACUUUGUUUUUGUUGGAAGCAAAGCAACAAAAAUGGGUCAACUGCUCCAUGAAGAGUUUUAACUUAAUAUUGUUUAAACUUAUUUAUAAAUUUAUUAACUCAA